AUGCGAAGAAAAUCUGAAAACCAAACUAUCAUAUUAAGUGGUAUAAGUGGAUCUGGAAAAACAACAACGCAUUUACAUUUACUUAAAGAAAUUCUUUAUUUAUCUACACAUACACGUAAAGAAGAAAAGAUUCACAAACAGAUAUUGGCUGUGUAUACAAUCAUGAAGUCAUUCGGAACAGCAAUGUCAUCGUCUUGUCUAGCUCAAUUUCAAACCCUACGAUUCAAUGCUAGAGGAGGGAUCAUUGGCUGCGACAUGUCUGUCUUCUUACUUGAUAAAUAUAGAGUCUCAUCACGUCAGUGUACACAACAGUUUACUAUUUUCUAUCAACUUUUGGCAGGAACAACCACUGAUGAAAAGUGCGCUCUUCAUAUUACUCAUAGCAAUUUUUAUUAUUUGAAACAUCUUGGGCAACGAGAUAUAGAGCAGGACACGAUAGGAUUUGAAGAUGUUAAAGCAGCUCUCAAACUUUGUGGGUUUAAAACCAAGACAGUGGCUCAGAUGUGUCAGUUAUUAGCAGCUAUACUACAUUUAGGGAAUGUACAAUUUGUGGAUGGGAACAAGCAUCACUUUACAGGUGAUGACAUCUUAUUUCAUCCCAGUUCUAGUAGUGGAAUAUGCCGUAUCAAGAAUAAGGAAACAUUGACUCUAGUCGCUGCCUCCUUGGGUAUAGCUACCUCAAAGCUUGAAACGAGUCUUAUACAUAAACUUAAACUGAUUGGAAAUGAAUUUUGUACUGCAUUCCUAACAGUAGAUACUGCUUCACAACAAAGGGAUGCAUUGGCUCAUACAUUAUAUGCUGCCCUUAUAAGAUGGAUUACAAACACACUAAAUCAAAGACUUAACAAAGAUGAAUUGGAUAUUAUGCAAACCAUUAGUGUUUUGGAUUCUAUGGGGACACAAUCAAUGAUAAAUCAACGUGCAAGUGGCUUUUAUCACUUUUGUGUUAAUUAUACAUUAGAGCAACUCCUAAGCUAUACCUUCUUUGAUUUGACCAUGAAAGCUGAAUCUGCUGCUAAUAUUCCCUAUGUUCAGGAUCAGAUAUGGCCUUCUACUUUACCAGUAGUUAAACAGCCAUCUAAUUCGCUUUCACUCUUUCAUGGCAAGAAUAAUGAUGGACUCAUCUCUUUGAUCAAUAAAGAUGCUAUGCGCUUUCAAACAUAUGCGUUAGAUGCCACAGACAGUAACCUUCUAUCUGUUUUGCUCCAAAAGAAGAAAUCGUACCGUAAUAGCGACUAUGAGACCCUCUUGGAACCUUCGAUGCCCUCAUAUAGUUUUGCUAUUCAUCAUUUCAAUACCAUAAAUGUCAACUACUCAAUUGAUGGUUUCCUUGAAAGUAAUCUGGACUAUGUUUCACCGGAUUUUGUCCAUAUGUUUCGAUACAAUUGUACAAACACAUUUGUACAUGAGAUAUUUGAGACAGCAGGGUGGCUAACUGAAAAGCAUCCACGGGAUGAAAAAACGGUCAUCAAAGCCCAAUUACCAAUAUGGUACCAUAACAGCAAUAGACUGGGGCCUGUUUUAGACCAUGUCGUUCAAGGUGUUGAAGAGCUGAAGGAUCGAAUAGAUACAACACGUGUGACUGAAAUUAUACAUGUACUGCCCAGUAGUGAAGGAAACGUAUUUGAUCCCGAAUUUGUGAAGCGUCAGUUAGAGAUGUAUCACCUAGUUGAGUUGGCUCAACGAAUAAGUCAAUUUGAGGCACCUUAUGGAUAUAAUCAGGAAACGUUCUUAAACCGUUAUCGACCGUUAAUGGAUGCUUAUGUAGAUGAAGAGACGGUAGUAGAAGGUGAUGAAUCAAGACGCAUUGGAGUUUGGAUUGACAUCAUGAAAUGGACAGUUAAGGAUAUUCAGUUGGGUCAAAAUAAUGUUUGGCUUUCAUUCGAGCUUUGGCAAAGAUUGGAGAGGGAAAUUCGAACGAUUGAGAAGGAAGAAAGAAUACGUGAAAGGGAAAGGCAACGAGUAAUUGAAUAUGAAAAAGAGAUUCUACUACGAGCUAAGGAAGAAGAGGAAGAAGAAGUGAAGACCAUGACAUGGAGAUCAGAUAUAAGUCACGAUGAUGACCGAACUGAAAUUGAUACUCAAGCUCCUGAUUUAUCUGGGAAAAAAAGUGAAUGGGAAGAUGAUGAGGAUGGAAGAGGAUUAGCUGAAGGAUAUGGGCCUAAUUUAGAUAUGAGCCAAAUGAUGGAAGAUUAUACUGUGCAUCAAAUUGAGGAGCAAAUUGAAGAAGUAAGCAUUACAAGUACACGACAAUGGUGGUCUCGAUUCGUUCUUCUAAUGACAUGGUGGAUUCCGUCAUUUACUCUCAAAUACUUGGGUAAAAUGACUCGGCAAGAUGUUCAAAUGGCAUGGCGCGAGAAAGUUACACUUUGUAUGCUUAUCUUUGCCUCUUCAGGAGGGAUUAUUUUUUUUAUUGUUGGAUUCAGACAAAUUAUUUGUCCAAAUACAAAAUACUUAUAUUCGGCAGAAAAUGUUGGUGUUCAUCAAAUGAUGACAGACUAUUGGAUCUCCAUUCGUGGUAAAGUUUAUGAUUUAACAAAAUUCGUGGCAACAGAUCAUGGUACUAUGAGUCACAUGACAAGUAAAUAUAAUUUAGAUCCUCUAGCUGGUAGGGACCUAUCUUACACCUUCCCACCUCCUUUAACAAUUGCCUGUCCUGGUCUAGUAAAGGAUACCUCCAUUACUAUUACUCCUAAUCAAACUAUUGUACUGGGGCCCUUUAUUCAUUUUUCUGGUCCUCAGCAGUCUGAAAAAGCUCUUACUAGACUACGUGAUCCAGAUUGGCUUACAAAUACAUUUGAACCAAGAAUGAAUAAUUAUAAAAAAGGUGAUCUAGUGAUAUCACUUAAGCGAAUGAAAGAAGAUUAUGCAAGCUGGGGUCGAUUAAUAGCAUCAAUAGAUGAACGAGUGUAUGAUUUGACAGAUUAUAUGGCGACAGCACGUCGAUAUCCCGCUAGUUCUAAUGGUGAACCAAACUAUCACUACCUCCAUCCUUCAAUAGAGGCAAUCUUUACCAAUUUUGGGGGUAAAGACAUAACAUCAGAAUGGAACAAUGCCAUUCUAGACGCUCUCACACGGUCUCGAAACAAGGCAUGUUUGGAUAACGUGUUUUAUAUAGGUCGUCUUGAUUAUCGGGAAUCAUUAAGAUGUACAUUUAUCAAUUAUCUGUUGUUAAGUUUUGCUAUUAUUAUGUCAGUCGUAAUUUUAGUUAAAUUUUUGGCUGCAUUACAAUUUGGAAGUAGUCCCACCCCUGAAGAUCAUGAUAAAUUUGUAAUUUGUCAAGUACCAUGCUAUACCGAGGAUGAAGAAUCAUUGAGAAAGACGAUUAAUUCCUUGACAGCCAUGACAUAUGAUGAUAAACACAAAUUAUUAUUUCUUAUUGCAGAUGGUAUGAUUAUUGGUAGUGGUAAUGAUCGACCAACACCACGUAUUUUGUUAGAUAUUCUAGGGCAUGACGAAAUGGAUGACCCUGAACCCCUCAUGUUCAAGUCAAUUGGUGAGGGAUCUAAGCAAUUAAACUAUGGCAAAGUUUAUUCUGGAGUAUAUCAAAACGAAGGUCACGUCGUACCUUAUAUCGUUGUUGUAAAAGUAGGAAAAUCGACUGAGAGAGCAAAACCAGGCAACCGGGGUAAACGAGACUCACAAAUUAUUUGUAUGAAUUUCUUAAAUAAAGUACACUUUGACUCGGAAAUGUCACCCCUUGAACUAUCAAUCUACCAUCAUAUUAAAUAUAUCAUUGGUAUUGAUCCACAUUUGUAUGAAUAUAUACUGAUGGUAGACUCAGAUACAGAAGUAUAUCCUGAUGCUCUUAAUCGACUUAUUUCGUGCAUGUUACAUGAUAGUCGUAUUAUUGGUCUAUGUGGAGAGACUGAAUUAGGAAAUGAGGAUCGGUCUUGGACAACUAUGAUUCAAGUUUAUGAAUACUAUAUUUCUCAUCAUCUUGUCAAAUCAUUUGAAUCUUUAUUUGGGUCCGUUACUUGUUUACCUGGAUGCUUUUGUAUGUAUCGUAUUCGUACAGCCAGUAAACAUCAACCACUUAUUGUUUCACCUAAUGUCAUUCGAGCCUAUUCUGAUAAUCAGGUCGAUACCUUGCAUAAAAAGAACCUACUGCACUUGGGUGAAGAUAGAUAUUUAACGACGUUAAUGAUGAAAAACUUCCCUCAGUACAAGAUGGUGUUUACACCUUACGCAAAAUGUAAAACUGUAGCUCCUGAUCAAUGGGGAAUUUUACUUUCUCAACGUAGACGCUGGAUAAAUUCAACUAUUCAUAAUUUGCUAGAAUUAAUCUUAUUACAGGAACUGUGUGGAUUCUGCUGUAUUUCAAUGCGAUUUGUGGUCAUGAUUGACUUGAUUGGUACUAUUUCAUUACCCUCUUCAGUUAUUUACCUUAUUUAUCUUAUCUAUGAGGUCAUUUCAGGUGCAGGCCCCAUCCCAACUAUUGCGUUAGGAAUGCUAGCAGGGGCUUAUGGAUUACAAUCACUCAUUUUUAUUCUUAAACGGCAAUGGCAGCACAUUGGAUGGAUGAUUAUCUAUAUCUUUGCCAUUCCUAUCUUUAGUUUCUUCAUACCUCUUUAUUCAUUUUGGCAUUUUGAUGACUUUUCAUGGGGCAAUACCCGUGUUGUAGUUGGUGACAAUAAAAAGAAACAAAUAAUUGUGACAGAUGAUGAAAAAUUUGAUGAAAAGAUGAUACCAUUGAAGAAAUGGGCCAUUUAUGAAGAAGAGAUGUGGGUAAACAAGUCAAAUAGUGUAGUGACAUCUUAUCUAUCUGUAUUGCCUGAUGAUCAACACACUUUAGAUAGUGAUAAUCCAAUAGACAAGUCAAAUAGUGUCAAAUCUGAAUUAUUGCCACCUUUGAUACCCAAUUUUUCUGAUGAGCAAUUUAACAUAGACCUAUCUACCGUACUUGGAUCAAGCUCACCUAUACGUAAAAUAGCAGAUAAUAUAGACAUGAAAGAUUCUACAAUUAAAACUACUACAGAAUCAAGAACAGUCAUAAUACCAGAGGAUGAUGAACUUGAGCGUGAAAUUUACAAAAUAUUGAUAAAUUCUAAUUUAAUGACGCUUACAAAAAAGCAAGUACGAGAUCAAUUGUCAGCUUUAUUUGGUGUAGAUUUGACAAUCAAAAGAGGAAUUAUUAAUACAAUCAUCAAUCGACUCAUAGAACAAAGUAAAAUUUAA